UUUCUGAGUUGCAGAAGCGGGGUUGCGGUUGGCAAGGGUGCUGUAGGUGCUGUGGGGAGGUACUGUGCAUGAGCAGCACAGAGCUGUCUUUGGCAUUUGAUUGGAGUCGAGGCGGUGUCUCAGUUCCCGUGUCCCCCGUAACCAGCCCGACACCGUCCUCGCCCCCCCCCCCAGGUGACCCCAAAACCGGGCACCAGGGAGAGCCACACGAACACACAACUCCGGGUUUAUUUGUUUGCGAGUUAAGAACCACGGGAGUAGCUUUGCAGUGUCUACCCCCAUGGAUAUGGAGCUGCUGUGUUUAGAGGACGACAGUUUUAGUCAACCGCGACACCCCGCCGGUAAGAGCCAGACUGUACCGGUGCUCCGUGCGAAAUCAGACCCCGUAUUGUUCAGGGACGAGCGGGUCCUCCGAAACCUUCUCUCUCUGGAAGAGAAGGUCCCGCAGCGGCCCGCCUGCUUCGGCACCGUCCAGCGAGAGAUACAGCCGGGUAUGCGGAGGUUACUAGCGCUGUGGAUGAUACAGGUGUGCGAGGAUCAGAAAUGCGAGGAGGAGGUGUUUCUGGUGGCCAUGGAUUACCUGGACAGGUACCUGUGCUGUGCACCUGUGCGGAAGGAGCACCUGCAGCUGCUGGGGACCGUCUGCAUGUUCCUGGCCUCCAAACUCCGCGAGACUGUCCCCCUGACCGCGGAGAAGCUCUCCAUCUACUCGGACAGUGCGGUAUCUGUGCGAGAGCUGCUGGACUGGGAGCUGGUGGUGGCCGGCAAGCUGAAGUGGGACCUGGCGUCUGUGGUGGCUAGCGAUUUCCUGCAACUCUUUCUUCAGAGGCUGCCCCCCCUGCCCAGCGCAAGCCUGGCCCUGGUCCACAAGCACGCCCACGUCUUCAUUGCCAUGUGUGCCAUAGAUUUGAAGUUCUGGAUGUGCCCACCCUCCAUGAUUGCGUCGGGCAGCAUCGCAGCUGCGAUUCGUGGGCUUGAGAUCCCAGGGCCCGCCUUCUCCAAUGACUCGCUGCUGGAGCGACUCGCUACAAUCACAGCGGCAGACGUGGACUGCCUGCGAGCCUGCCUGGAGCAAAUAGAAAACGCACUCCAGUAUAACCUGCCCAAGGAGGGCAGCCUGUCGGAGAGCCCCGAGCACAGCACCCCCAGGACCCCCACUGACCUCUGGGACGUGCUCCUCUCCCCCAGCCCAGCCAGAGAGCUGGAGGCUGGGGAGGAUUCUGUACCCACUGCCUGAUGCACCCGGGGGACAGGCACAAGAGAACAAGAGGGUGAAGCACAAGCACUGUCAGGGUGCAGGACUGAGAAUGCAAUCUACGACAUUCUGUAGCAUGCUGUUCCUGUUACAUCAGUCCUGUCCCCAGGGGGGUGGGGGGGUCACCUCAGCCCCCCCCCCCCAGUCAAUGCACUGAAAUUGUUUUAGUUUUUGCUGUUGUGCCAACAUUUUAUAGCUUCAGAAAAAAAUAUAAAAAUACAAACCAAAAAAAGGCUGUAUUAGAUGUUGAAAUUUUGUACUGGUUGGCUUUGUUUUUGUAAAGCCGUUGUUCUCAGGGAGCUGCUGUUUCCCAUAAGUCUGUCUGAGUGCUGUAAUACCGAGCCAGGGCCAGUCUAGCAGCAGUCUGGGUGCUCCGUUUAUAAAAGGGCCCUCCGUCUCACCUCUUGCACCGCAGUCUGCUGCAUAUCACUGUAGUUCUGAACCAAAAAAAAAAAAAGAUGCUGCUUUGGGUUAAGAUUUCAAACUGAAAUUAAUAAAAACAAAUUUUAAAAA